AUGGCGGGUAUCUGGGUGGAUAAGGCUGCAGAGGUGUGCCUGGGCGGGCUGGAGUAUCCAGGCCAGCUCGCUGCAGCCACCUUGCAAGAGAUGACCUUGAGCCUGCUCAUUCUCCUGGCAGGCCUGCCUGCCCUGGAUGCCAACGACCCAGAAGAUAAAAACAGCCCUUUCUACUAUGACUGGUACAGACUCCGGGUCGGCGGGCUCAUCUGCUCAGGAGUUCUGUGCGCCAUUGGCAUCAUCGUCCUCAUGAGUGGGAAAUGCAAAUGCAAGUUCAGCCAGAAGCCCAGUCAUCAUCCAGGGGACGCCCCACCUCUCAUCGCUCCAGGCUCUGCCCAUAACUGUUGAGGAUGGACCAACUCUAAGGACACAGACAUCCCUUCUCUUCCCUCAAGUCUUGGCUCUGCACGGGAGCCUGGGCUCCAGGAUGGAAUUCUCCC